AUCUACUGCCCCGUCAACGGCCUGCCGCCGGAGUACGCCGAGUUCGGCCCGGACUACGAGAAGUCCAUGGAGUGGAUCAAGGCCAACUGCCCGCACCUGCUGCCCGCGGGCGACGACGACGCGCCGGGCGGCGCGAAGAAGAGCGGCAAGCGCGGCGGCGGCAUCCUGCGCAAGAAGGCCGUCGCCGAGGAGAAGCAGCGCGUGACCAUCGCCGUCGAGGUGCGGUCGAAGAAGAAGUCCGUGACCGUCGUCGAGGGCCUCGAGACGCUCGGCGUCAAGCUGAAGGACGCGGCCAAGUGCUUCGGCAAGAAGUUCGCCGCGUCGAGCUCCGUCAAGGAGAAGGACAGCGGCGGCAUGGAGAUCGUCAUCCAGGGCGACGUCUCCUACGACCUG